GUCGAAAAAUGCAAAACCCCGCCGCUUUUUCGAUUUUCCCACCAAAUCCAGUGAGCAAAACCAAAAACCAACAUCAUACCCAGUCCCCUCUCCUCAAAACCGGCAUGUGCUGUGAAUUUGGGGAGAUUUGAACCACAUUUUUUCUAAAGUCACCAGCGACGAGUCUCCGGCGACCCCUCUCCUGUAAGUUUUCCGACCAGUUUUUCACCGUCCUAGCCCGUACCUCACUUCCUCCCUCGUCCUACUUGAGUCUCCAGGUUUGUUUUUCAACUUUAUCUUUGAGAAUUGUGGAGAAUCGGAUUAGGUAGUGAAGUGAGGUUGAAUAUUUGUGCUUGGCAUGAUUGAAUCUAGUUAGGGCGAGGACUUAGGUGAAUUAGGUCGUGUAAUUGAUGGAUUGAUUUUUGCAUGAUCUUAGUGAGCCUUGGUGGGCAUGUUUGAACCGAAUUGUGUUUAUUUUUAGAAUUUGCCCACCAAGUGCAAUAUUAUGAAUGCAAGUGGAGAUUUUUUUUGAUUGGUGGAUGGUAGCCACCGUGGUAGGGUUUGUGGUUCUAAUUUUUGUGUGCUUGAAUUGUGAAAUACCCACAACCAUGCUACGGUGGUUUGAGCUUAAGUGUUUUAUCCAUGGCGGAAAAACAAAUGGGGGGGGGGGGGAAUCUCUUUUCCUCCCAAUGAGCGGUAUAUGACGGAUGUUUCCACGUAUGGUGUGUGUUUGUUUUUUGUGAAGGAUGCUUAACUUGGAGCAUGAGUUCAUCAGUUACCUGGUGAACCACCCAGAGUUGGCGACAAGUUCGCCUACCAGAGUGACAGCCCGAUCGGGCCUCACUGGCGGUUGGACCUGGACAUGUUUAACUUGUUCAGGUGCCGAGCCGCCAUGACUGGGGACCCUCCCAUCCCCAGUGGCGCCAGCUCCUGACCAUGGACGAGGAGAUCUUUCAUGAGCUGUGUAUAGAGUUCUACUCCACCUUCUCCCACAUCAUCCCGGCCAGCAAGAAGAGUCGGUUCCGGGUGGAGUUCAUGCAAGGCGGUCAGCCGCAAGUGGUAACCUAUGAUGGCUUUGCUCAGGCCAUGGGGCUUGACACCGCUCACAUGACGAUGAUGGAGCGACAGUACACGGUCGACUUCGACUAUCAGGACGCAUUCAGAGCCCUCUGCUGCCCAGAGCACGAGCAGAGCGAGUUCGAGGGGAGCAAGACCAAGGCCAUCAAGUUGAAGACCUUGUGGAGGAUUCUUCAUACUCUGCUCACCAAAUUCGUCGUCCCCAGCCUUCAGUCAGGCCACUUGAUGACGAAUAGAGGGCUCAUUGCCCUCCACUCGAUGAGGAGUCCAGCUGAGCCGAUCCAUCUGGAAUCGUUGAUUGAUGCAUAUGGGAGGCAUCAUCACAAAGAUAGCCCGAUACUUCCAGGUGGAUCUGGCCCGCUGCACCAGCGUAGGAAGGAUGGAGCCUUUCACAGUGGAGACAUUGUACAAUCAGAAGCUGGUACUCCAGGGCGAGAGAGGAGUGGAGUACCUCAAUGGACUCCGACCCUCCCUCGUCCAUUCGCCCCACUUCUCUACUUGUAACCCUAAACUUGUUUUAUUUUUGUUUUUGUUAUUUGUGUUUGUGUGACAUGAAAUACUACUACUAUGUAUUAUGCUUGUAAUAACCUCGCCUCGAGCGAUUCGUAUUGUGUUUGUGUGUGUUUUUUGUUGUCUCUCCUUGAAGCUUCAAUUAUCCUACUCCGGUUUGAUUCCUACAUUCACUCACCAAGCCCAAGCGGUAGCAUCACUCUAUCCCUUUCUUACGCCAUUGAGGGCAAUGCCGAGUUUAAGUGUGGGGGGUAGUCUUCUAGUGUGCUUGGGUGAGUGAGGUGUUGCUUGGAGCCUUUUGUAUGCCCAAAUUUCAAAAAUUUGAGGGCUCCAAGCAACGUUUGCAUGUUCAAAGUGAUCGGAUGGUGGGAAAUUCUCGUGUUUGUGACAUUAAUCUUGAACUUUGUAUGUGUUUGAGUAUAUCCUAUGAUUAUGACUGGGAAGUUCAUUAGGAUAGGGCAAGAGUUUAGUUCUCACAGUGUGCAUAAAUGAAUGAAGGUCUUGACUUGAUCACUUUUUGUUUACAAUUUCCAUGCAUCGUGUUUAUGAAUUGUAAUAGAUGGUUGGGUAACUAGGUAGCCUAUGUAUGAGUUUUGAGCCGUUCGUUUCUUUCGGUUUGAUAGUUCCCUUUUACCAUGGUGUGUAGCAUCACAAGUUAUCACUAGCAAGUAUGAUGGAGGCAUAGGAUUAGUCCACGCCCCAAAAGUUGAUUGUCCCGAAAUGCAUCAUCCCUUAGUCAACCCCUUUGAGCCGUGUGAUUCCGUGGGUCGUUCUCAUUUUAAGAGCUUUGUUCUUGUGAGCUUAAAGGUGUUAGUAGAACCACCCCCAAAUCCUUUCUUCGUGUCCAAACAUGAGUCGCCCGUGUGUCUCGGAACUCUUACCGUUGAGUUUCCAUAGAGGUUCUACAUAGGAUGUUCAUGUGUGGUUCUUGCUAGGAGUGCAAAAUGGAGUGUAGUGUUGGAGUUAGUUCCUCAAAAAGAGAGCAUUGGUCGAUAAAUGUUUAGGUGGCAAGUGUUUUUACUCUCUAAUACCCCCUCAAAAAGAAAAGAAAAGAGAAAAGAAAAAGAGGUAAUAAAAUGGGGUAAAUAAAGUAGAGAGUUCCACGAAAAACCAAAGUACAUGCUCUAGGAGGGGUUUCUGGGCACCCAAGCCAACGAAACCCCCACAUUGUUUAGAACUCCUUCACUGCCAAACCUUAAAGAAAUAGCAAGAGUUGACCGAAGAAGAGUGCUUAAAGGUAGUUCAUGAUCGGUGAUAGUUGGAAGGGAGAGAUAAGGGUUUUGGUCGAUGCUAGUGGCCUUUGAUUGAAGAGAAGGGUUUAAGUUGAAACCAUGGACCCUUCGGGUUUAGGUUGAAGAUGUAGAACCUCACGUCAUGAUUGCCACCAUCCAAAAAGAGAGCAUUGGUCGAUAAAUGUUUAGGUGGCAAGUGUUUUUACUCUCUAAUACCCCCUCAAAAAGAAAAGAAAAGAGAAAAGAAAAAGAGGUAAUAAAAUGGGGUAAAUAAA